CAUCGCGCGUGCGGGCGCGCUUGACACCAUGGUGUGCGAGACCAAAGAGACUGAAGACCAGCUGCCGUUCGACGAGACCUUGGAAAAGACCGGCAAUGGUAUCUACAAUAUUUUGCUUGCUGCGACGUGCGCGCUGUCGCUAUUGGCUAUCGGCGCGGACCUGUUCGGCUUCAGCCUGGUUGUUGCAGCCGCGUGUGACUUGCAUCUCACAGUCGCUCAGAAAGGAAUCCUCACCUCCACGCCUUUUAUUGGUAUCCUCCUGGUAUCUUACAUCUGGGGCUACGUGUCGGACACACGAGGGCGGCGCGUUACGCUACUCCUCUCUCUGACCUUCGGCUUUCUCCUGUCCAGCAUCUGCAGCCUCUCCACAGACUGGAUCUCACUGGGUGUCCUCAAGUUCUUGUCUGUUUGCUUUUCGUGUGCAGCAAACUCAGUAUCCUACACAUUGGUGGGCGAGUCGUGCGUGAGAAGAGUUCGCAACAAAUACAUGGUCAUGAUGACGUGUUUCAUUCUCUUUUCACCCGCGUUUGCAGCCCUUUUAACAUAUCCAAUAUUGAAGCUUGACUUCCAAGCGCCCAUAUAUUGGCUGGGCAUCGUCUUCCGACCCUGGCGGCUGCUGAAUAUUAUCCUAGCGCUACCUUCAGGCCUAGGGGCGCUGGCCAUGUACUUCUUCCAUGAGUCCCCCAAGUUCCUCGCCAAUUGCGGCAGGAGAGAGGAGGCUUUGGAGGUUAUGAGAUCCAUCUAUGCCGUUAAUCACUCGUGUAGUAAAGAAGAGUUUGGGAUCACAUCUUUCACAAUGAUAGAGAGUGCAAAGAAGGAGCAAUCGUUGUUCCGAGCGAUGUAUGAACAGAGCGCGCCUCUGUUCCGACCUCCGUACUUGUGGAGGACGUUGCAAUUGUAUUUCAUUGUUGCUGUUGUAUUUAUUACAAACAACAGCUUCCUCGUGUGGCUGCCUCACAUACUGAACCUCAUCAGGAUAUCUCUGCAAAGUAAUACUGCAUCGGGCAACGUAUGCGACCUCAUAUCUGCCGACAAGCCUCUGCUUAAUAGCACUGCUAAUGGAACUAACACUGAUUUUAGUAAAAUUUCGCCAGACACAUGUGUUGGGACAAUUGAAGAGAACGUGAUCAUUACUCUAAUGAUAUCCCAAACUGUAUUCGCAUUUCUCAACUUCGUGAUAUCAUAUCUACCAAACCACAGACGGAAACUGAUGAUAGGCAUCCUUUGUCUGUCAAGUCUGAGUGGGUUCAGCGUGAGUGUGGUGCCCGAACCCAUAUCCAGUGUGGUUCUGUUCAUGGUGUUCACAUCUACCUGCCUCGGUAUGGGCAUCUUGGCAUCUUACUUCGUUGACCAAUAUCCUACCACUUACAGAGGCAUGGUAUCCAGUCUUAGUAUCAUGGUGGGUCGGAGCAGUUCCUUUGUGGGUAUCAACCUGGUGGGUAACGUCAUCUUCCACCACUGCCGUGUCACCUUCAACGUGUGGUCGGUGCUUGUUCUAUGCAGUGUUAUAGCGGCGUGGUUCCUACCACCCGAUAAGCCUUUGGAAACCGCUGAGAAACCGACCAAGCUGUAGAUUUAACUUUAAAAAUUUAUCUGUGAUUUAUUAAUAUUAAUAAAUAAGACUAUUAUACAAAUAUAUGGCCUUUAU